AUGAUAUUUACAAUUUUAGAACAUAUAUUGACUCAUAUUUCUUUUUCGAUAAUUUCAAUUGUUAUUAUGAUUUAUUUGAUGACCUUUUUUGUCCACGAAAGCGUAGGAUUGCCUGAUUCAUCAGAAAAAGGAAUGAUAGCUACUUUUUUAUCUAUAACGGGAUUAUUGGUUUCUCGUUGGAUUUCUUCGGGACAUUUUCCCUUAAGUAAUUUAUACGAGUCAUUAAUUUUCCUUUCGUGUAGUUUAUCCAUUAUUCAUACCAUUUACAAGAUGGGGAAUCAUAAAAAUUAUUUAAACACAAUAACUGCAUCAAGUACCAUUUUCACACAAGGCUUUGCCACGUCGGGUCUUUUAACUGAAAUGCACCAAUCCGUAAUAUUAGUACCUGCUCUACAAUCUCAGUGGUUAAUGAUGCACGUAAGUAUGAUGUUAUUAAGCUAUGCCGCUCUUUUAUGUGGAUCAUUAUUCUCAGUGGCUCUUCUAGUCAUUACAUUUCGAAAAAACAUCAAUAUUUUUUGUAAUGGUAAAGUAAAAAAUUUCUUAAUUAAGAAAUUUAUCUUUGGUAAGAUUAACUAUUGGAAUGAAAAAAGAAGUGCUUAUAAAAACACUUCUUUUCUUUCAUUUCGAAAUUAUUAUAAAUAUCAAUUAACUCAACGUUUGGAUUAUUUGAGUUAUCGUGUCAUUAGUUUAGGGUUUACCUUUUUAACCAUAGGAAUUCUUUGUGGAGCAGUAUGGGCUAAUGAAGCAUGGGGAUCGUAUUGGAGUUGGGACCCCAAGGAAACUUGGGCAUUUAUUACUUGGAUCAUAUUCGCAAUUUAUUUACAUACUAGAACUAGUACAAAUCAAAGUUUGCAGAGUACAAAUUCGGCACUUGUGGCUUCUAUGGGAUUCCUUAUAAUUUGGAUAUGCUAUUUUGGAAUCAAUCUAUUAGGGAUAGGUCUACAUAGUUAUGGUUCAUUCACAUUAACAUCUAAAAUACUAAAUAAUUGA